UGUAAUGGCCGUCAAACAUGGCGGCUGUGGAGUAAGACGCAUGUCUAAACUUUACACUGACAAUUAAUUUCCAGCCUCGCGUACUUUGUUUACGUGAAAGAAAGCCGUCGAACAAAAAAUGUCCCGCCACAGGAAUGUCCGAGGUUAUAACUACGACGAAGACUUUGAAGAUGAUGACAUGUAUGGACAGUCAGUGGAAGAUGACUAUUGCAUAUCUCCAGCCACUGCCGCACAGUUUAUCUACUCCCGUCAAGACUCGAGGCAAGCUCGGCAUGUAGAGACUGUGGAAGAGGCGGAGUAUGAAGAGGAAGAAGAGGAGAUGCCAACCUCUCCCACCAUGACAAGCACACUAGACUCACUACAACAAGGCCGGUUGUAUUCCUGUUUGGAUCAGAUGAGGACUGUACUGGGAGACUCAAUUCCAGACUCCACAUUGACUCAGGCAGCUCUGAAAUAUGACUGUGAUCCUCACCGAGCCCUUGAUUUCAUUCUGAGCGAGAACACCAAUACACAAGCCCCUCCUGCCAGAACCAACCCACAGCCGGAGCCUAACACCACAGCUGCACCACAGAAAGCUAAAGUACGGGAGGCUCCAGAGAGUCGUGUUGAAUCGGAGGUCGUCCCAAAGGUUGCCCGAAUGACUGUGUCGGGGAAAAAGCAGACAAUGGGCUUUGAUGUGCGAAGUGCAGAGGAAAAUGGCGUAGUAGCCCCUUCGGUUCGCAGAGGGCCGAGUCCAGAGGCCACCGCUGUACUGACCACAGAAACUCCAUCCAAACAGUCGACUCUGAGUGAAGAUUCUGCUGCCCCGACCCCAACUCGGCCAUCUGGAAAAAGCAAACAGCAGCUCAACAUCCGUGCCGAACUGGAGAAGAGACAAGGAGGAAAACCAUUGCUUAACCUGGUGGUCAUAGGCCAUGUAGAUGCUGGCAAGAGCACUCUCAUGGGUCAUCUGUUAUAUCUACUGGGGAACGUUAACAAGAGAACCAUGCACAAGUAUGAACAGGAGGCCAAAAAAGCUGGCAAGGCCUCAUUCGCCUAUGCAUGGGUACUGGAUGAGACAGGAGAGGAAAGGGACAGAGGAGUGACCAUGGAUGUGGGUAUGACCAAGUUUGAGACGGACUCAAAGGUUGUUACUCUGAUGGACGCACCAGGACACAAAGACUUCAUCCCGAACAUGAUCACAGGGGCAGCACAGGCAGAUGUGGCAGUGUUGGUGGUAGAUGCCAGCCGUGGGGAGUUUGAGGCCGGGUUCGAGGCAGGGGGGCAGACCCGCGAGCACGCUCUGCUGGUUCGAUCCCUCGGAGUCACUCAGCUUGCUGUUGCUGUCAACAAGAUGGACCAGGUGAACUGGCAGCAGGAGAGGUUCCAGGAAAUCAUCUCCAAGCUCGGCCACUUUCUGAAGCAGGCUGGUUUUAAGGAUUCUGAUGUGUUUUACGUCCCAACUAGCGGCCUAUCAGGAGAGAAUCUGACCACUAAGAGUAAAGUAGCAGACCUUACAGCCUGGUACACUGGACCAUGCCUGGUGGAACAAAUAGAUGCUUUUAAACCUCCCCAGCGGUCAGUGGAGAAGCCCUUCAGGCUCUGUGUGUCAGACGUCUUUAAAGAUCAGGGCUCUGGGUUCUGUGUGACUGGAAAGAUUGAAGCUGGCUACAUUCAGACAGGAGAUAAGGUGCUGGCCAUGCCGCCUAAUGAGACCUGCACUGUUAAAGGGAUCAGUCUUCAUGAUGAAGCGUUAGACUGGGCAGCGGCUGGUGAUCAUGUCAGUCUGACUGUAACAGGCAUGGACAUCAUCAAAAUAAAUGUUGGAUGUAUAUUCUGUGAUCCCAAAGAGCCCAUUAGAGCCUGCACGCGGUUCAGAGCAAGAAUCCUCCUCUUUAAUAUUGAACUUCCCAUCACUCAAGGCUUCCCCGUCCUGUUGCAUUAUCAGACUGUAAGUGAACCGGCCACCAUUAGGAAGUUAGUCAGUGUAUUACACAAGAGCAGUGGAGAAGUUCUCAAGAAGAAACCAAAGUGUUUAAGUAAAGGACAAAAUGCAGUGGUGGAGAUUCAGACACAGAGACCUGUGGCUAUGGAGCUUUAUAAGGACUAUAAAGAACUGGGGCGGUUCAUGCUGAGAUACGUGGGCUCUACCAUCGCUGCGGGAGUUGUCACAGAGAUCAAAGAGUAAGAACCUGUUGGAACUGGAUCCUCCAGAAUGUACUGACAGAAAUCAUCGGACUGAAGUGCAAUUUCUCCCUCAGAACGUACACAAACAUGAAGUGAAUACACACAGAUGCCCAGCAGGCAAGCUAACAGUGAAUCUAGCCUCAGCUCACGUUACAUUUCACAGGCCUUGGGGGGAGGAGGAGUGAAUGUUGAUGUUUAUUUUCUUAUAGUCAUUUUUGUCUUGUUUUCAGUACAAAUAAAAACAAAAGCAUUCUUAAAUCAAUAUGCAGUUGUUUGAGAAGCAAAUUAUUAAAGAUCUGAAAAGAUAUGAAAGAUCUGUCACAAUUUGGUUUGUUGAAAACAAGAAAAAAAAAAACGUCUGCCACUAGAAUCAGAAAAAUUCACAAGUGAUGUUUUUUUUCUGAUUGAUCCCACUUCAAUUUUUUUUUCUUGUUUUAACCUUAAAGUCAUUUUAUUUGGGUACAUUUUCAAGAAAAUAUUCCUCAAUAAAUAUAUCUGGAUUUAAGCAUGUUUAGAUGUUUGUAUUGGAAAACAAGACCGAAAUAAUUUUUUGAUGAGGGAGAGAACGCUCUUUGUCUUCCUCCUCAUCUUUGCAAUAACAACUAACCUAUAGUAAUUAAUCCCAAAAUUCUCAAUCACAUUCAAACCCUCCUACCAUCACAUAAACACACAAUGUUUACCUUUAAUUUACUUCAGGUUGCUUAGUUUUGUUGAUUUGCAUGAGAAGUGGAACUCAUUUUAAUUUAAUUAUUUGAUAUUUUAUUUGUUUUUUUUGUCACUGCAUCAUUUUUGGCUAUAAUACAGCAGCGCAUAAUAGCCAUUUAUUCUUGGUCCAAAUAAGAGGUUUUAAGGGUAAUUAGCAGAAAUGGAACAGGGCAUUGUGAAUGAAACCUGCCCUUCAGUUUGCUGCUACUGUGUUUUCCUGUCUAUUAAUGCAUCAGGGGUAAAACAGGAGGAUUGAGAACCAGGGGACAAUUGGAUAUGCAGUGUAUGCGGGAGAAACUCAUCUGGGUGUCUGUAAUCUAACAGUAAUCACUUUAAGGACCUGACGGACUCAUCAGUUUUGACUUGAUUAUUAAGGUGUUUUAACUUGGGUGUGUCGAAGCUGAAGAUGUCUGAUCCGGGGAACGCUACAUCAUCAAAAAAAUAACAAAUAAAUAUUGAUCACUGUGGAAAACAUCAUUCUGUGUGUUCUUGGGCCAAUAAACAAAUACCUAUUA